AUGGCUCACCACCACCACGCUGCUUUCUCCAUCGGGGCAUUCGUUUUAACUUUGUGUGCUGGCGUGUCUGAGGGCUACUUUACCAUACCGCUAAAACUCAACUCUGGGAAAGUGAAUGUUUCUUCUAGUCUGGGUCUGGCUUCGCUCCGCAGCGCGACAGUGGAUGCAAAGGUCCUGUCACUUGCCUCUGAUCCCACUGGUCAAGUCAACUUUCUGGACCUAGUCAACAACCUGCAGGGAGACUCUGGGAGAGGAUACUACAUCGAGAUGGCCAUUGGCACUCCUGGGCAGACGGUGAACAUCCUGGUGGACACGGGCAGCAGUAACUUUGCGGUGGCGGCGGCUGCACAUCCUUUCAUCACACACUACUUCAACACGGCGCUGUCGAGUACGUACGUGCCGACAGACCGGACUGUGACGGUGCGGUACACCCAGGGAAACUGGGAGGGAGAGCUGGGCAUUGACCACGUGUCUAUCCCCAAAGGCCCCAACGGAACCAUCACCAUCAACAUCGCCGCCAUCUUGUCGUCACAAGGUUUCUUCCUCCCUGGGAUCAACUGGCAGGGGAUACUGGGCCUGGCCUACCCCAUGCUCGCUCGACCAGACUCUUCAGUGGAGCCCUUCUUUAACUCAGUGGUCAAACAGCUGGGGAUCCCUGAUGUCUUCUCCCUCCAGAUGUGUGGAGCGGGUCUGUCAGCCAGCAGCUCGGUCGAACCUCUUGGUGGAAGUCUUAUUAUGGGGGGGAUUGAGCCUACUCUUUACAGAGGGUCAGUGUGGUACACGCCGAUCAUAGAAACAUGGUACUACCAAGUGGAAGUGUUGAAGCUGGAGGUCGGAGACCAGAAUUUAGACCUGGACUGCAAAGAGUACAACAUGGAUAAAGCCAUAGUCGACAGUGGGACGACUCUGCUGCGACUGCCGGUCAACGUGUUCACUGCAGUAGUGAGUGCUAUCACACGCAGCUCUUUGAUCCAAGACUUUUCUACGGGUUUCUGGGAUGGCACUAAACUCGCCUGCUGGUUAAAAGGAGAAACGCCGUGGAGGUUUUUCCCUAAUUUGUCAAUCUACCUGAGGGCCACGAACACCAGUCAGUCGUUCCGCAUCACCAUCCUGCCUCAGUUGUACAUCCAGCCGAUCACAGACGUGGAUGGGACACUGGACUGCUUCCGCUUCGGGAUCUCUGCUUCAGCCAACGGCCUGGUGAUCGGGGCCACUGUGAUGGAGGGCUUCUAUGUGGUGUUCGACCGCUCCCAGCAGAGACUCGGCUUUGCUCUCAGCAACUGCGCAGUGAGCGGGGGAGUGGCGCUCUCCGAAGUCGCCGGGCCCUUCUCUGCGGCAGACGUGGCGGCCGACUGCUCCACGCGCAUGUUCAAGGAGUCGGUGAUGUGGGUGGUGUCGUACGCGCUCAUGGCCGUGUGCGCCCUGGUCCUCAUCAUCCUGCUGCUGCUGCUGGUGCUGCCGUACCGACGCAGGCACCGCUCGGACGACAUCACAGACGAAUCCUCGCUGGUCCGAAACCGCAUCAAAUGA